CUAGAACCUAAGACCAACCCUGAACCAUCCAACCAUCAGGUGCCAGUUCUAGAAGAUUCACCAAGUUCUACACCAUCACAGAAACCCGAGAGCAUAACAACUCUUGCUGGGGCUACUGUGGUGAUGUUACCCGAAUACCCUCCAAGCCAAGUCUCAACCGGCACAGUCGUACAUGAAGUGGAACCAACUGAGGAACCUGACUCUGAACCACCUAUGCUUCUUCAAGAACAGAAGGAGGAGGAAGUUUUGCCUAUGGCAAUAAACGACCAUAUCCUUAAUUGUGUUGAAGACACACCUCCAGAAGAACCUGUUCUGGAGAAGAUAGAGCCCACUACCUACCCCCAAGAUUCCAACAUUCAAGAGUCUGAGGAGGAAUCUAAAGACGAAGAAAUACCUAGCACAGAGGAACCAAUAACGUCUAUAGAUAAUCAUGCUUCAUCAGAAGACUUAGACCAAAUUUUCUUUGACUCCCUACUUGACGGGUGUGACUUUGUCUGCCCGAAGGAUAGUUGGAGCCAAAAGAGUUGGGAUGAACUUCUGGUAAGUGACACUAAAGACUCAUCCAUGGGAGAAAGCAUGGUCGUAAUCAUCAAACCACAAAUGGAUAGUCAACCAAUUGAAGAUAAGGAAGGCAUCAAUUUCGCAAUCAAGGCUAAUGAUGUGGAUCAACCUAGGAGACUUCCGCCCCCACCCACAUAUACAAAGUCUCCUCCUUUUAUCCUGUUGCCGCCAAACAGCAGGGACGAGUCAAGGAUCCUGGACCUUGACCGAGCAACAAAUCAAACAAGGUGGCACCAGAAGAGAGUCAGAAGGGCCAAACUUUAUGACUCUCGGAUCGGGAAGUCGCGGAAAAAGUGGAGGAUGGGGCUGUUUGGGAGGGGCAGUGGGUUCGGCCAUCUCAAGAUCAAGGAGAAUGAGGUCCUUGAAUUCUUCAUGUUCGUGGUGUUCGGUUUGGAGUAUAGUGGAGAUGAGGGAUGGAGGGUGUUGUUGCUGGUUUGGGCCGUGGGUGAGGAAGGUUGGGGGGCUGUUUUAGGUGGGGGAGGAGUAGGAUUUGGCUUAGAUGGUGUUUGGGGUUUGGAGGUUUGGCCGUGGGCAGUAGGGAACCCAUAUGAUGAUGACUACCAAGUCGACAAUGGGUCUGACUACUCUCCCUACCAUGAGGAACCACCAUAUGAUACCCCGUCUAGAAACUUUGGAUAUUCUCCAUACCAAGAUUCCGACGGGGAUAAUUAUUAUGAACCCCAUGGAGACCAAGAUGACUAUGACCACAAUGGGCCUAUGUAUGACAACCAACCUGAUCCACUCGUCGAAGAAAUCAUAAGAUUAGAACAGAAAAUCUUCUAUUUCGACGAACUUUUAUUCGCUGAAGGCUCGUGGUACGAACCACCCUACUCCCGUUACUACACUUUGUUUGCUGAAGAGCAAAUUGAAGCAAACAAGGUGGCAAUUCGAGAAAGAGCAAAACUUCUUGAAUCAGUCCGGAAGGAAAAGGAGUUCGAACGGAGAUUAUGCGAAGGAUCAGAUAUGAUGCAGAAAAUGCUGAAUGACCUUCUAAGAGAGAGACUAGAAGCUGAGGCUAAAGCUGAUAAAUUAGUCAAUGACCUCUGCAAGGCUGUUGAACUUAAACGCUCCCUCCAAUCUCAAGAUCAAUUGAGGGAGAUUAAUGUUCAAAAAGAGGCUCUAGAACCUAAGACCAACCCCGAACCCAUCAACCAACAGGUUCCAGUUCUAGAAGAUUCACCCAGUUCUAUACCAUCACAGAAACCCGAGAGCAUAACAAGUCUCGCCAAGGCGUUUAUGGUGAUAUUACCUGAAUCCUUGCCAAGCCAAGCUAGUAUAGUCGUACAGAAGGUGGAACCAACUGAGGGACCUGACUCAGAACCAACUAUGCUUAUUCAAGAAAAGAAGGAGGAGGAAGUUUUGCCUUUGGCAAUAAACGACCAUCUCCUUAAUUGUGUUCAAGACACACCUCCAGAGGAACCUGUUCUAGAGGAAGUAGAGCCCACUACCUGCCCCCAAGAUUCAAUUGAGUCCGAGCAGGAAUCUACAGACGAGGAAGUACGUUGCACUGAUGAACUAAUUUCAUCUAUAGAAACCUGCGCAACUAAUGAUUCAUCUGAAGCCUCAGACCAUACUUUCUUUGAUUCCCUACUUGACGGGUAUGACUAUGUCUGCCCGAAGGAUGGUUGGAACUUAAAGAGUUGGGAUGAACUUCUAAUGAGUGACGACGAGUCACUCAUUGAAGACAAGGAAGAAAUCAAUCUCACUUUGAAGGCCAAUGAUGUGGAUCAACUGAGGAGACUUCCGCCACCACCUACCUAUCUAGAGUCGCGUCCUUUUAUCCUGUUGCCACCAAGCCGCAGGGAUGAGUUAAGGAUCUUGGAACUUGAUCGAGCAAAAACUCAAACAGGGUGGCAUCAGAAGAGAGUCAAAAGGGCCAAACUUUAUGACUCUCGGAUUGGAAAGUCACGGAAAAAGUGGGUGAGCGUCGAGCUACGGACGUUAAAGAAGCGCUUAACGGGAGGCAACCUGUCAUUCAAAUAACUAAAAUAAUUGAAUAAAUUCAAUAGUUUUAU